AUGCUCACUCCUUCUACGUUGAACAGAAAAACGUCAUCUGCUGCAGUUGGUAUGAAUGCAAAAACCUUUGAAAUGAGUACCUCGCCCUCACGUAGUCCUUCAAUGACCUCAAGGAUUACAACAACAACAACAACAACACAGCAACAGCAAAAACAAGAGAAACAAUCAACAAAAACAGGGACAACAACAACAAUUGUUGAGCCUGAUACCACAGCUACUCCCCCGGUCGCACAAAAGAGUACGAGCCGGUUGCCUGCUGUUCCAAAUAUGAGUAGUAAUGACUUGCGAGAGGGAAGUGAAGGCAAAGAGGUACCUGCUCCUUCUACAUUGAAGAGGAAAACGUCAUCAGCUGCAGUUGGUGUGAAUGUAAAUGGAGGAAAUUCUGAUAAAGAGGAUCUUACUUCUCAAGCUUCUACGAAUUUAUUCCCUUUAUGUGCGAAACCACCUGGUAAACCACAAGAAUCACCUUCAAAUUCUAGUUUCCUAAGGCAUAAUGGUCAAGUCACUUCUGCCUCUAAUAAAAACAAAAACAGUAAUAAGGGUCCUGCUCAGAGUUCUCUAGCAUUGGCAAUGCUGAGCCCGGCCCAAGAUUCAGUCAUCUCUCUGAAGAUAUCUGAUAGGAAGUUAGAGAAAGAAUCUGGAACCAUUGCUGUAAAUAAGCAAGAUUCUUCAAAAAAUGCAGAGAAUGCUGUGAGCCCAUCAGUUGCUGCAUCGCCGAAAAAGAAUAGUAGUAGACGACAUCGUCAGAAUGGACGUUCACGAUCAUCCUCUUCCUCUACUAGUAAUUCUUCACUCUCCCAAUGCAAAACUCCACGUGAGCAGACUAAUGGGAAUGAGAUGUUUAAUUUAUACUAUGAUAACAAUGAUAUAAUGUAUGGAACUGAAAAAUUGAAUGAAAAAGUUGUGUCGUCACCGAAAAAUCGUUUACCCUUAAUGACAAAUAUUACUAAUGGAAACUCAGUUCAGGAAAACUCACCAGUUAGUGUAAAUAAACCUUCGUUCGAUGCUUUUGGUUUUUUAGACGAAGUUAGAUCUAAUUCUCUGCGAGGAUCACCAUCAUCCAUUCAAAAUCAGGAGAUUACAUCUGUAGAAAAUAAUGAAAUUUCCGUACUUGAGAAAUAUGUUCGUGAGGUUCAAUUAGACCUUUCCUUUUCAACAUUUAGACGUAUUGGGGCCAUUCUUGCUGCAUCUCGAACUCUUCGAGUCAUUAAUUUAAAAGGUUGUACCAUUGAAAAUGAAGAUUUGUAUGGAUUAGCUGAAAUUCCAACUCUUCGAAUACUUUGUGUUUCUCAUAUGCGUCAGUUAACGUCUUUACGUCCACUUGUUGUGAGAAAAAAUGGUGUAACGGCUAACAUUGAAGUUAUUGAUGCCCAAUGUACAUCCAUUGGAAAUGAUGGAAUUAUCGGACUUGGGAAAAUGCGUUCUUUGGAAUGUCUUGAUUUAAGUAUGACCUCUAUAACGGAUGUAACCCCUCUUGCGGAAAGUGACUCCUUGAUUGAACUCAAUCUUACAGCAACUCGGGUCACGACGGAGGGAAUUGCUGGUUUGGAGACUAUGCCAAAGUUAAAAACACUUAAUAUCAGUCGUACUAAAGUAGUAUCGCUACAAAGAAUUUCCAAAUCUACAUCGUUAGAAAACUUAAAAUUGUAUUCAUGUUGGGUACGGGAUGCGGGUAUGCGAGGGGUGGAGCGGAUGCCGCAAUUACGGCUUCUUGAUGUUAGUACAACCAAAAUAACAGAUUUAUCAUUUUUGAGUGUCAGUAAAUCAUUAAGAAGUGUAACAGCCCAGUGGUUGGCUUUGCGAAACUGCAAGGAUGUAGUGACGGAACGACGCUCAAGGAGAAAUGACAGUGCUCCUAUAGACUUCUUUGACGAUGUCGAUGAUGAGGAUGAGGAUGAGGAUGAAGAAGAAGAUGAUUAUUAUGAGGAUGAUGAUUAUGAAAAUGAUGUAGGAGAACAACAACAUGAAAAGUAUAAAAAGAAGAAAAGGAAGAAUAAUAAUAAUAACAAGGGUGAUGGAGAAGGAAGUGUCAAACGGCAAAGAUUAUUGAACCGCAAGAAUGAUAAUAACCCAAAAGGUGAUCAAGAAGCAGGAUUUUCAGGGUUAGCUAAUAUUCCAACAUUAGAGUAUGUAGAUCUCUCGUAUACCCUAAUUCGAAGCGUACGAUCACUAUUUAAAAGUAAGUCUAUUAAGACUUUGAUACUUCGACGAACACGUGUAGAUAGUGAGGGUAUUAAAGGUAUUCAACAACUACGUUCAUUACAGACACUUAUCAUUACCAAUAUAUCUGAACCUCCUAGUUUUGAUGGUGUAUAUCCAUUAACUCCAUCAAGUGGUGUUCUUGUCUCUAUAGCAGAUAUUGCCGGUAUACUUAAUAUGGUUGUGCUUGAUAUGUCCUUUACAGAUGUUUAUGAUCUUCGUAUGUUAUCUGCUUUAAAACAUCUACGAGAAUUAUAUCUUGUGGAAACACUUAUUACAGUAGAUGGAAUACGUGGAAUCGAACGACUUCCUUCAUUACGAAUAUUAGAUAUCUCUCAAACAAGUGUUCUCUCUUUGCAAUUUCUCUCUGCUGGAUGUCCAGUAUUAGAAAAAAUUCUUGUCAAGUCAAACCGUAAUGUACGUGGAUUUCGUGUUGGUAAUAUACAUAUCCUUCCCUCACUUGAACUUCUUGAUGUCAGUGAUACGAUUGUGGAAGAUAUUAAAAUGUUAUUUCGUCCUACUUGUCGAUUAAAACAACUUAUCUGGCGUUGGGGAGAACGUCGGGAUGCCACAGGUCCUAUUGAUGCCUUAUCAUCUUGGGUGAAAACAUCCAUAUUAGAAGGAAUGGAAUGUAUGCCUCAACUAGAGUAUUUAGAUCUCACCAAUACUGCCGUUUCCUCUGUUUCUUUUCUUGCCCAAUCUAAAUCAUUAAAACGACUUAUUUUAGCUCGUUGUAAUGCGCUGGUAAAUAAAGGUAUUUUAGGUUUAGAGCUUAUCUCCACAUUGGAGUUGCUAGACCUCACCUAUGCCUCCCAAAUAACAGAAGUACGCUCCCUCUGUACAUCCCCCUCUCUGUGUGAAUUGCGGCUUGGUUGGACGGGAUUAACAUUAGAAGGCAUGAAGGGAAUAUCGCAGAUCCCAACACUAAAGGUAUUAAACGUGAUGUCUACACCAGCAGAGGAAGAAGAAGAGGAAAGGACAAAAAUAGCGGUGAAUGAAAAAAGGGCUGAAAUGACAAUGAUGAAUGGUUUUACUAGUCCGUUGGGUAGAAAACCUAAUAUGGUUGAAACUACAGAGAUAUUUAGCAAUAAUUCAUCUGGACAGUUUAAAAGGCGAAGACUUCAACGUGUUUCAUUCAAAUUGUAA